AUGGCAGACACAACGCCUGACGUUAGCCACAAAGACCAGAUGAGCGUUGUUUGCCGAUACGUUGACCACGACGGAGCUGUGCGCGAACGUCUUCUUGACCUGAAAGAAGUCCGCGAUAAAACUGGAGAAGGACAAGCUACCGCUACUAUUCAAUCAGUUGAUCGAAAUGGAUUAAAUAACGAAUACAUCGCUUUCCAAUCGUACGAUUUUACAAACAGCAUGUCGGGACAAUACAAUGGCGCACAGGCAGUCGUCUCUAGGUUACUCGGAAGAGAAGUACCGUACAUACCAUGUCAAGGUCAUCGUUCAAAUACAGUCAAUGAACAUGCUUGCAAAGCUAGCCCAAUUGUUUCCGAGCUGUUUGACAUCCUUCAAGCCACUUACGCCUUCUUCUCUGGCAGUACAAAGCGGUAUGCUAUUUUGCACGAUGAACUUGAAAAGGGUUGA